AGAUCUGUUUUUUUAACCUGUGAAGUUGGGAAUCAUACGAGUUUAGUGUGUACUUGAGAUGGACUUCGAAGCUGCGGUAGAUUCGACCAUGGAAGACCAAAGCACCCAAAAAAGCAAAUCAACACACGAAGAAGAAGAAGAAGAGUUACAAAGACUUCUGCUACCAGAUGUUCGCGACCUUCCUCAGACUCCUCCUUCCGCUGUUCAAUCCAACUUCGUCUCCUAUUUUGCUCCAGAUUUUAUGAAGCCGGGACACGAUCAGUAUGUUUAUCGUCAUCCCAAUGGAUUGUGUGUGAUCGGUUUGGCUCCCACGCAUGUGGCUUUUAAAGUCGAAGGCGGAAUCACGGCCGUCGAUUUCAAUGUCGGAAAAUCUGAUCGCAGUGGGAUUAAGGUCACCGGAAAGCGCAAGAAGAAUGCACAGCACUUUGAGUCGAAUACGGCUCUAUGUAAAGUUUGCACAAAGGACGCCUCAUAUAUUAUAAGGUGUUGCGUGAAAGGCUCUCUAUUGGAAGUAAAUGACAGGUUAAUCAAGCAGCCACAAUUGCUUAAUUCAUCGGCAGAUAGAGAAGGAUAUAUAGCCAUUAUGAUGCCAAAACCAGCAGAUUGGCUCAGGAUCAAGGAUUCAUUGUUGGGUUCUGAGGAAUAUAGAAAACUACGGGAAAUUUGUUGAGUCUGCAAAGUCUGCUCUUUCAAUUUUUGGUCUGAAUUUGGCUUAACAUUAUAGAGAAAAGAAGCAUAAAUUUUGGUCUUGCGCUUUUGUAUCAGCUUCAAAGGGUUUAUACAUUUCGUUUGAGGAAAUAAUUAUUGUUCCCUCCAUUAUUAAUUCGUUACUUGAUUUACUAUCCAAUUUCC